UUACGAGACAAGACGAGAUAUAGUCAUAUGAGAGAAGCUAGAGAUUCUAUCCAAAACAACUGAAGAUAAAAUGCAGGCAGCGAACAGGGCACCACCAGGCGUUGUUCCCGUACCCACGGAACCAACAAAACGACAUGGAACACCUCUUGGAAUCGUUUAUACGAUUGUUAUUUCAAUUGCAGUAUUUUUACUUGUUUUGGAUGGACUCUACUAUUUAAUAACUGCAAAAGGUGCUCGAAUUGACUAUGGCUGGUUUUUCAUGUCAACAUCUCCUUAUAUGUGGGCGUUGAUUGGAGUUGGCCUGGCCAUUUCAUUAUCAGUUGUUGGAGCUGCCUGGGGUAUUUACACAACUGGUGUCAGUAUAGCUGGUGGUGGUGUGAAGGCACCAAGAAUUAAGACCAAAAAUUUAAUUAGCAUCAUUUUUUGUGAAGCAGUAGCCAUUUAUGGUAUUAUCAUGGCUAUAGUCAUCAGUACCAACCUAAGUGCUGUUGAUAUGAGCAUCCUCACAAAAACAGAUAAAAUUUAUGCCAACUACCAAGCAGGUUUCAAAAUGUUUGGAGCUGGCUUGACUGUAGGUCUGUGUAACCUGGCCUGUGGUAUCUGUGUUGGUGUUGUUGGGUCAGGAGCUGCUCUUGCUGAUGCUGCUAAUGGUGCUCUCUUUGUCAAAAUUCUUAUUAUUGAAAUCUUUGGUUCAGCCAUUGGUCUCUUUGGACUCAUCAUAGCUAUUUUACAGGUGACUAGUGCAAACAUGGAGGCUGAAACAUAAUGUGAUAAAAUGUCUGCAAACUUGAUCUGUGAUGCUCCUGAAGUCACUUGAAAAUGUCCUACUUCCAUGCUCUCUUAUUAACUAAUAAAUCAUGCAGUAGUUAACUAGCAGAAAUGCCCCCCAAAUUUUUUCAACCAAUUUUAAUAGUAAAUUAAGCAUCGAUAAAUGUUUCUAGUUUUACUUCCUAAAUUAUCUAACUGCUCAAAUAUUUUUGAUAAAUUCCAAGUUUUAGAAAAUGAUUAUUUUGUACUCUAAUGUAAGCCCAUAUGGCUCAAUAUCUUGGGCAUAUAUUAUUGACUGUGAAUCUAUGUUAAUCUGGAAUUUUAUUUUUCAUGAAAGUUACUAUUUGUGUAAUUGUAAAACAAAUAUGCUGCUGCUAAAGUAAACAUUGAACAAAACAAACAUUCACAAAGAUUGUAAUCAACUUGUAUAUGUACUUUAAUGUUGUCUGGUUCUCUUGUAGUUCAAAAGAUCAACUUUUGUAAAUAGUUCAACACAACAACCAAAAAUAAUCUAGAUCAUUUUUUUUUGUGAGUGAAUGUAAUAAGUUGGUUGAGAAAUAAACAAUUAAAACAAAACAAAACAUAGGUACUGAAUAGAAAUAAACUUUUAGCUUUCAUUUUUUUUGUUAAUUCUUGUAUUUUUACAUUCCUACAGAAUCUUUUUUUUUUUUUUUUGAGUAGCUCUAUAGAUGUACAUUUGUAUAAAUGUGUCAUUUCGGCUGUGUUUAGCAUUGUACAUAGGAGUGGAUGACAUGUUGUAUUGUUAGUAGUUUCUGUAAUUUCUAUAGUAGAAUGUAUUAACUUAUUAGUUAGGAUGGUGAUAUGUGUUCUGUGGAAUUAAACAUGAAUAUAAGCCUGAA